AUGCUCAUUCUCCCUGUGAUACGGUCUGACAUUUUUGUUGGCGGUCUUGUGAGAGAGGAGUCACAAUUGUGGUAUCGUCUUCUACCCGCUGGUACUGUAGGCCCUCAUUCGAUUGCUGGCAGUUGCUCUGAAGGUAUUGUUAUAAAGAGCGUCCAGCUCGCCGACUUGGAGGAUGCGGCGUAUGUGCCCCCGGGCAGUGCCAUCAUGGGAUCCCAAGUUGGAAACCAGCUCUGGCGCAGCCCUGAGGCUCAUGCCCAAGGCCCUGUAAAUUUAUCUUCUGUCAUAUUUUCGUUUGGGAUAGUGUGUAUAUACGUCAUCCUACGCGCUGUCAUUUUCGCUCCCUCUACCGAAGAGCUAGAAGACCCUGACAUGGAACCUCUUUCUAUCAUUUUAGAACGGCAACUCUCCUAUUGGGAACCUGGCACGUUUGAUGCUCUACUGAGCCAUCUCGACCCCGAAAGCCAUUGGUGUGAGAUUUUCACCGUCGUCCGCAGCGGGUUUAACGUCCAGAACCCUCGCGAGCCUUUCCGUCUCUGGAAGGGUGAGAAGCCGGGAUUCGAUCAAGACUUCAAGGAUUUGGUUGGGGGGAUGACGAGUUUUGAUCCUGCUAUGAGGAUCACUACUCGAGGGGCGCUGGCGCACAAGUGGUUUUCUGACGUCGAGGGAUGA